UUGGCUCCUCACAGCUCAGUUGUGAUUUUCUCCCUGGAGGGGGAGUUUCUGGAUUGCUUUUGCUGAUCAGCAGCACAGUUGAGGAUGGAUGCUGGAUCAGCUGGGGUGCUCCUUACCCUCCUCCUCUUCUCCAUCCUGUGGUUCCUGCUCUGGAGAAGUGAUAAGAAGAGACGCUCUCUGCCUCCUGGACCAGCCCCAUGGCCCAUUCUGGGCAACCUGUGGCAAAAGGAUGUCCUGCCCCUCUACAAGACCUAUGAGAAGCUCAGCAGCAUCUACGGCCCCAUCUUCACCGUCUGGCUGGGGAUGAAGCCAGUGGUGGUGCUCUGCGGGUACAAGGUGGUGAAGGAUGCUCUGCUGGGCCACUCCGAGGAGUUUGGGGGGAGACCUACGAUACCCAUACUGCUGCAGCUAUCCAAAGACUAUGGUUUUGUGUCCAACAAUGAGAAGAAGUGGCGGGAGCUGCGGAGGUUCACGCUCAGCACCCUGCGGGACUUUGGGAUGGGGAAGAGCUCCAUGUCACAGCGAGUGCAGCAGGAGGCCCAGCACCUGGUGGAACUGCUGGAAAAACACAAAGGAAAUGCCUUUGAGCCAAUAAUGAUGUUCAGACAUGCAUUUGCCAAUGUGAUCUGCUCUGUUGUCUUUGGGAGCCGCUACAGCUACAAUGACUCGGCCUUUCUGGAGCUACUGAGUGUGAUCGGGAAUUACAUUGCCUUCUUCCUCUCCCCCAUCGCCAUGGUCUACAACACCUUCCCCAACAUCAUGCACCACCUCCCGGGGCCACAUCGGAAAGUCCUGGCUGAGUGCAAGAAGCUGAUAGACUAUAUCCAAGAAAGGGUUGAGCUUCACAAGCUGACACUGGAUCCUAGCUGCCCCCGGGACUACAUCGACUGUUUCCUUAUGAAAGCAGAAAAGGAGAAGAGCAGCCCAGAGAACAUGUACAGCAACAAAGACUUGGUCAUGUCAGUAUUCAACCUCUUUGGUGCUGGGACAGUGACUACGAGCAACACCCUGGUCUUCUUCCUCUUGGCCCUGGCAAAGCACCCCCAUAUUCAAGCCAAGGUCCAAGAGGAGAUCGAUACGGUGGUGGGUGCUGGCCAUGCUCCCAGCAUAGAGGACAAGCUGAGGAUGCCGUACACCAACGCGGUGAUCCAUGAGCUGCAGCGCUUCCAGAAGAGCCGCAUUGAGAACUUCCCACGGAUGACAACACAGGAUGUCCUGUUCAGGGGCUAUACCAUCCCUAAGGGCACAGCUGUUAUUCCUGUAUUUAAUUCUGUACAUAUGGAUCCAACCCAGUGGGAGAACCCCAAAGAACUUGACCCAGGCCACUUCUUGGAUGAGAAGGGCGAGUUCAGGAAGCGUGAAGCUUUCAUGGCUUUCUCAGCAGGGAAGCGCAUGUGCCCGGGAGAGGCUCUGGCCCGCAUGGAGCUCUUCCUUUUCCUCACCACGCUGCUGCAGAGCUUCACCUUCCAGCUCGCCAUUGAGUAUGCGGAGAUGGAUUUGUUUUCCCUGUGGCUCGAGAUAGAGAGAAGGGCAAUACCAGGCAGGCUCUUUGCUAUUCGGCGCCUGGUGUCCUCUUAAGCAGAGAGAAAGGAUCUUCCAGAUGCCUUCACUUCUGAUAUCAGAGCAAGCUGUGCAAUCCUGAAUGUUAUGAGCAGAAGGGUUGCUCUGAGCUUUGAGCUUUCUCCUCAGAGAACUCCUCAGCAUCUCUGCCAACAGCUCCAUGGGCAACCUGCUCCCAAUCCUUGCCCUCCGCAUCCCAGUAACACAAGGAACACAAGCACUGGUUUUCCUCCCCUCAUACCUAUCAGCUCUGACUGAGCUGCAGCUCCUGUGGCAGAGCUGCCUGUAGCUCCAGGGCUGGAGCUGGGCACUCCUCAUUGUGGUGAGAGGUUCAGAGUGCUUCUGCAAUAAAAACAACCAUCAUAACAGGA